AGCAAUGUAAAAGAACCAUUAAAAGCGGAUAGUUACACUUAAACGAUGUCGUUCUUAUUCGGGCGUAAGAAAUCGCCUGAGGAGAUGCUCAAAGCGAAUCAGAGAGCACUAAACAGGGCUAUCAGAGAUCUUGAUAAAGAGAAAAUGAAACUUGAGCGCCAAGAGAAGCAGAUCAUCAACGAUAUCAAGAAAAUGGCAAAACAGGGGGAGAUGUCUGCAGUUAAAGUUAUGGCAAAAGAUUUGGUCAGAACCAGGCGGUAUGUCAAGAAAUUCAUCAUGAUGAAAGCAAACAUUCAGGCUGUUUCACUGAAAAUAACUACCCUGAAGUCACAAGGAGCCAUGGCGAAUUCCAUGAAAGGAGUUACAAAUGCCAUGGGCGCAAUGAACAAACAGAUGAACAUGCCUCAGAUGCAGAAAAUCAUGAUGGACUUUGAGAAAGAGGCCGAUACGAUGGACAUGAAAGAAGAGAUGAUGAAUGAUGUUAUGGAUGAUGUUAUGGGUGCAGAAGAAGACGAAGAAGAGAGUGACCAGCUAGUGAACCAAGUUCUUGAUGAAUUGGGACUCAGUCUUGGAGAAGAGUUGGGGGCUGUGCCAUUGGCCACUGGAUCUCUGGCGGGAGGUAAAGAGAAAGCCAGUGCUAAACAGAACGCAGAUGACGAACUCCAGGCCAGAUUGGACAACUUGAGACGAGACUAGAGUGUUCUCUCAACCCCUGUCAUCCCCAACAUUCUCCAAUGUUAUUUCUUACGCUCCACGGGACUUAUAGACCCUUUUGGUUAAAUCUAACGAGCAGUUGUGGUUUGUAAUUUGUAAAUUCUUUAUAUUAACCUUGGUAUGUUAUUCAAUGAUUGAUUUUUAUCAGACAGUUUAAAGUGAGACUGAAAAAAUAUUGUAUGUAGUUUAUUUUGACCACUGGUCAGUAAAUCGAAAUGUAACUAUUAGUGUUGUGUUAUUUUAAAUUCAACGUGGCAUUUUUGCGUGGUGAACUUGUAUUUUAGCGCUUUUCUGGUAGUUUUUACGAUUGAUUUUAAGAUUAUGUGCCGCUUACGAUAAGUCUGUAUGUACUAUGUAAUUUGUUUUAUCAGACUUUAAGGGCAUGUUUAUGAGUCACUUGUGUGUGUGUUAUUAACUUCGACUCUGGCCGCCAUAAUGAACCAUCAAUUUAUUGCUGAGUUUGGGCUCCUCUGCCGUAUGAAAUUUCGAAAUUUGAAAGCCCUACGAAUCAUGCGCACAACCGAAAAGUUGAACUUUAGCAUACAAGAUGUUUAAUUUCAGACUCUUCACAGCCCUCCUUAAAUUUCGUUUACGUUUUCUUUCAAUUACGAAAUUCUUUGUUUAAAUAUGUACGAUGUAAAUAGUUAAAUUCAAUUAAUGAUAAUUCCGAAUAA